AUGGGGGAGGGAGGAGUUCAAAUGUUUGCAUUUGGAGAAAUUGCUCGGAGAUACGGGAAAGCCUGGCUGGGCGGCUUUCAACGACCAGUUGCCAGCUGUCAAAGGGGCAUAAUCAGUUUUGGUUUUAGACAAGAACACAACUUCGGCAGCGUGAAGGGGCCAGAGGCGCUGGAGACAGUAGCAGAGAUCCAGGAACAAGAUGAUAGGAGCCCAAACCAACACAUCGAGUGGGACUGA